AUGAAGAGACGUGGUUGCGCUGGGGUGCUAUUGUUGGUUGCUCUUUUAUGGGGAUCAAUAAGAGGAAGUCAGGGUCAACAGAAGGGUGUUUUCAACAUUACUGAUUACCAACACAACACCGGAGAGUUUGAGAUCCUUUGUAAGAUUUACAGGAUCACUCAAGCAAAGGUGCCAAGGCCGGAAUUUAGAAACCGUGAGAAGGAAGAUGAGAUUAUGAAGAGGUUCGAGGUAAUGGUGAGUGAGGCGAGAGCGAACGGAAAAGAAACUUCUGUGAGCCAAAAGGCGCGUGAAGGGAUUGAGAAACUAUACAAAAGAGCAAAAGCGGUGAAGGGAGAGAUUGACAGGAAUAGAAAGAGGGCGAUGCGGGAGAGCAGUAAGGCUGAGGAGAGCAUGAUGAAAGCUGUGUAUGGUGAUUUAGUGGAUGAGGCACAUAAGACCAACAGACCCAUUGACGAUAUUAUGGAAACUAAUAAAAGUUUACUGUUCAACAGCAAUGAAUCUGCUCUGGAAAGCUGUGGAAGCAACGGUAAUGAAACUGGAAAAACACUUGUUAACGACUUUUUUUGUGUAUGUGUGGGAGAGGCGAAAGACGAGGCGAACAGCAGCAGCUACUAUUACAACGGGCAUAGUUCGCCCUGCAGGACCUACUUGAGGCGACCAGAAAAAAAUAAGUGGACGGGCAUGAGCAAUGAGUGCGCCUUGGCCGAAGAGAAAUGUGAGGUUAAUUCAUCAAUGACACUCAAAGAUGCUUGGCAAGUGGUAAAGCGCGGAUGCGUGUACAGGCACAUUGCAUCCAACUCAAAGCUGUUAAAGGCUGCAUUGGAGGAGUUUGAUAAAUCUGUUAACAUGAGGCAGGACAAGUUUCAGGUGGAAGGCGUAUUUGGCCACGUGAAUGAUACGAGUAAUGAAACAUUUCUAUGUGAUGGCCACAGACCCGGAACAACGUGUGUGAAUUACAAACACACCUUAUCCCAUGGCGGCAUACCGUGGCACAAUCGUCUCACCAAUGCCACAAAGAACAUGGAAGACAUGGAGAAGUAUGAAAGUGAAGCAAACUCCCAUAUUUACGAGUUGGAAGAUUUACAGCAUGACGCUGAGGAAAUGUUUCUUGAGUACAAACUUGGAGGAAACAUAGAUAUCUGGGGCAAGGCAGAAAAUUUGGAUGUUGACACGGAGGGUGAUGCCCAUUUCGAUUUAAUGGUGAGCAUUUUUGUUUUGUUGGUGUUUUCGUAA